UCAGCGGGGCGGUGCGCAGAGUGGGAUAAAGCUACACUGUAUUUCAUCUAAAAGAAGAAGAAGAAAAGGGGGGCUUAUCCCUCCAUUUCCACACUUCUAACAACUUCACCGGCCUGCUGUUUGGAUCUCUGCGGCUCUGAGUGUCUGCACAAACCGGGAACUUAAGGAACUAUAACAGGGACAGUGCCAGCAGAUUAUCCGUGAGGUGCUGUGACAAUUGCGCAGACGGAAGACGAGGCGACAUUACCCCAGGGGAACUCUCCAAGUGUUGGAAACUUCCCAGCGCAGCAUCGAUCGAGGACCUCCCGCCCACUUCACCUCCGAUCCACGACCCUGGAAGUGGGGAGAGAGAGAGUCCUGCAGCGGCUGCGGUGGAUGGAGCAACAAAGGCUGGAUGUUUAAACUAGAAGAGCUGCUCACAUAAAGAACAAACUCUCCUUUCUCUCCUCGCCUGCUGCUCCGCGCACUCACUUCAUCACCUAAACGGCUCAUCUGCAGCCGCUUGGAUCUCAUUUCGAGGAUCCGGCCAGGUUCUACUUUGUGCAAACUCUCCGCCAGAAAGGGGAAUCUGCGUAGACGUGAAAUUGAUGCCUUUGCCACGGAGAGAAGCGCACAAACGAUCCUGUAGUUCUGCAAAAGUGUCGUGCUGCUCAGUGAAGGAGGUAGAUCAGUAGUUGGGGUCGAAGUGGGAUUUGCAGAAGUUACAUGCUUGGUCUUUGUCGUGACGAGUGAUCCAGAUCAUCCAGAGUCAGGUUAUCAGAGUAGAUCCGGAUAGUUGAGGAGCCAUGGCGAUGUGUGUGGGGAUGUGGAUCCUCCUGUUAGCGCUGCACGUCCAAGCUGGCCAUGGACAGAUGGUACAGAUGGACUCCAGUAAGUCAGGCUUUGUGGGUUCACAAGUGGAGCUGCGCUGCAUUUUCAUCAACAGCAACCCGCCAGUCAAGAUCUCUCAAGUCACCUGGCAGAAGCAACUUAACGGCACCAAACAGAACGUGGCCAUCGCCAACCCGGCACUUGGCGUGUCUGUCCUGCCGCCUUUCAAAGAGAGGGUCAGCUUCAAGCAGGCGGCGGUCCGUCAUCGCACGCCCUCGCUGGAGGACACCACCAUUGUGUUCUCCAACCUGCAGCUGUCUGAUGAAGCCGCCUACAUCUGCGAGUACACAACGUUUCCUGCAGGGAACCGGGAGAACACAGUCAACCUCACAGUCUUUGCUCGGCCCAUGACUCGUAUGACCUUGACGACACCCACCAUUGUGGCCAGGGCUCAGAAACGCAAGAUGACUGUCGCCACCUGUGUAUCGGCCAAUGGGAAGCCGCCGAGUGUGAUCAGAUGGGACACCAGGUUGAAGGGCGAGGCCACCUUCCAGGAGACUCGUAACCAGAACGGGACGGUGACCGUACGGAGCAACUACGUGGUGGUGCCAAGUCGUGAGACCCACAGACAAAAGCUCACAUGUAUCGUGACGUACAGGAACGAAAGGAUUACAGACAGCGUGGUGCUCAAUGUGCAGUAUGAACCUGAGGUGAAGAUCGAGGGCUUUGAUGGAAACUGGUACCUGAAUCGUCAGAAUGUUCAGCUGACCUGCAGGGCUGAUGCUAACCCCCCUGUCACCAUCUACCAGUGGAAACUCUUGAACGGCUCCCUGCCCAGCAAUGUGGAGAUCAAGAACAACACUCUGUUCUUCAAGGGGCCUGUUACCUACGACCUGGCCGGCACGUACGUGUGCGACGCAACCAACGGCAUCGGGACUCGCACUGGGAUUGUGGACGUCAACAUCACAGAAUUCCCUAACAACCCGUCAUCUGAGGGCAAUGAGAUCCCGCAGGAGCAGCACAAUGCAGGUGCCGCCAUCGGGGGCGCAGUGGGGGGCGUCGCCCUGUUGGGCGUGGCCGCCAUACUGCUCUUCGUAUUCCUGCGCCGCCGCCAGCGCACCUUCAAAGGAGACUACAGCACCAAGAAACACGUGUUUGGGAACGGGUACAGUAAGGCGGGCGGGCUGCCUGCUCACCCUCCAAUCCCCAAGAACCUGCAGUACCCUGACGACUCGGAUGACGAGAAGAAACCCGCCCAGAUCGGCGGCCCUGGAGGUUUUGAGGCAGGCGAGCGUGAUUUUGAUGGCGAGCAAGAGGACCUGAAGAGGCCCUAUUUCACCGUGGACGAAGGCGAGAGCCGAGAUUAUGACGAGCGGACUCUGGCCUUUCAGUAUGACCCUGAACCUGAGAUAGCCGAUGAUAUGAUCUCUCAAACCGACGGCUCUGUCAUUUCUAAGAAAGAGUGGUAUGUGUAGGGGCAUGCACCAAGCAAACCAAACAACCCUUUUGUCCCUCACCUGCAUUCCACUGCACCCCUCACCUCCAUCAUAUCCCCGCCCUCCCAUCAGUCACACUGCACCCUUCACGGCCCCACUCCUCUUUUGGUCAACCAAGUACCCCCUCCCCCCUGACUCCCCCCCACAUUAGACCCCAUUCAACUAAUCUCAAUAGAAAAUCAAGCGUCUACUUAAAGUGCUAGCAGCCUCACCGUGUCAACAGGACAGCUUUGAUUUCAGUUCAUCAGGUGAAUGGGCAGAAAAACAAACUAAGGUAUGUAAACGGAUUCCAGUGAGUCCAGCAAGGUGAUUGGUUGAUUAAUACUGGUGUAAUAUUCUUUUUUUGUGUAUUUUUUCAUGUUCUAAAUGUAUUAAAUGUGUAAAAAGAGAUUGCAGGUUGGGAUGUUGCUGAGCACAUUUGUGAAAGUCCUACACUGGCUGUGCAAUUUGGUUUGUUUUCUUUACCAUUGCCGUUUUGUUAUUUUUAUAAUGUCUUUUUGUAUGAUUUUUAAGUGACCUGACAAUUGAAAGUUUAAUGUCUGACAUAAAUACCGAUGGAGUUUUA